AGCCACUGAAGUUAAAGCGGGGUCAUAGCACUAUAGUUGUGAAGUGUGGAUGGGUCUCAGCUGAUUUCCUAUAUAGUCCACCACACAAACCAUUACACCUGCCUAUGAUACGGUCAAUUUUAAGGUCAACAUAAGUUGGAAACUACUAGAAGGCACACAACAAGCCCAGCCCACCCUCUUCCCCCCCACUAUUGGUUUAGCCAAACAGCCAAUCAGGAUCGUUAGAGUCCUUUGUGUAGGGAGAGGCAGCCAAUGAGGGACGAGCUUAACGAUUUAAAAACGGUUCCUGUACCAAGCUGAGCUGCUCCAUUAUCUUGCUUUGAAGGCGCGCUGCUUCUGGUUGGUUGAAACUGCUUUGCUAAAGACCUCAACUAAGAUAGCCCUGUGUUGCAAAAUCAUACUGGUGUGUUGGCUUGGCAUUGUCGCUUUGCAAUUCCAGUCCAAAUCUUCAGCUUUACAACAACUUCACUUGGUUCCCUUCUAGAGACUGUAGUUUCGGGCCAUCUGAUGCAAAGGGAAUGGCAACGCGUAUAUUUAUAGACAAAGAAAAUGGUGACACUGGUUUGGUUACUACUUCUAAGGAUCGACUGAGACUCCUGACAGCACCUUCAAAGAAUUCUAUUGAAAGGUCUCAUCCUAAGACUCCACUUGUUGGAAGGACAGCUAAUGUAAAUCUAGCUAUUGUAACCUCUCAAUCGGUCAGGAAGGCUCUUGGAAAUGUGAAUAGGCCUUUGUCAGCAACAAAGACUCAGUUUCCUAAAGGAAAUAAGUUAUUUACAAAAAAGGCUACUGAGAAUACAAAUAAAGUUGAAGGCUGCAGCAUGGUUCCUGAAGACUGUCCAGAAAAAGAGAAUCUCUUUCCCUAUAAUCCUCUAGACUUUGAGAGUUUUGAGGUUCCUGAGGAGCACAGACUGAGCCACCUGUCAUUGACUGGUGUUCCUCUCAUGACAUUUGAAAAAGCAUCUGACCGACUUACAAGCACAAUCUCUGCACCUGUUGAUCCACCUUUGAUUUCAUGCUGUUAUGAUAAUCUGUCAGAUACUCUGCAAUCAACUAAAGAUUUCCUGGCUACCCUGGAUGAUAUAAUAAUUGAUCUUCCCCCACCCUUGUAAUAUAUAAAGAAAUGAUAUUUUUAACUGAUUUCAAAGCUUUAUCAGUUUCACCAUAACACUGAAGACUCUGUUCUGUUUAAGAGGCUAGAAUUACACAGCCAUUGAAGUUCCAUAGUUCUUAUUACUUAGAUAGGCUGUCUGUUGCUUUUGAUUUAGAAUUCUACAAGAGACUAGCAGAAUCCCAUAAGGAACACCAGAUAGAAUUUUUUUUUUAAAAAGGUGACAUCAGGUUUCAAAGUGAGUGCUUGGGGGAAAAAGCUUCCAGUUAUGGAAGACACCUCAGCUUCUGUCUUCUUCCUUGUUGGGAAGUACAGUGCUUGAAAUAAUAUUACUAAGGGGGUACUUUGCAUCUCUAAAUGUUGGUAUGUAUAGUUAUAAUCCAAUUUUGUCAGUGGCAAUUCAGAUCUUUUAUGUGAAUGUUAAUAAAAAAAUUGUGUAAGUAAAA